AUGGGUAUCAUCUACCGCCCAAGUCCUUCAUUCAAGUUUACUGUCCAAUACACCGCACUCUUUUACGAGGUCGAGGCAGAGUGUUUCAAGGCCUCUUCUUGUCCAAUGGUAAAGCUAUUGGGAUACGGACAGAAUAGUCAAAUGGAGAAAAUGUGGAUAUCACAGCAGCCAAAGUGGAGUUGUCCGGUGCUUACUUUCCCGAUAAAGCAUCUCAAGCGAUACUUGAGUACAACAAUAGGUAAAUCUAACCUCAUCACCCUCCUUUCUCAGCCUCAUUGAUAGUCAAGGCAAAGAGCCGCAAUUGUGAGAGUUCAUCGCCAAACACGAAAGCGUCCCUGUUACACAUAUGACACCUUGGUUUCCUCUCUUUUCAACACUUCUAUAUAUUUGGCAGUUUCGGAAGCUGCCCGGAGGUUUCAUUGGCCUUCUAAUGAUUGCAAGUGACAUCUUUGCUAUCUUGAAAAACUUCAUUGUUAAUAGUUACAUCUACGACCAAAAUACUCAGACUACUUGUGAUUUCGAAUAUGUCCUGGUGGCAGAUUUUGGAGACUCUGCGCCUUCGGUUCGCCUCGCACCAGUGGCCUUAUGGUCGAUAAGCUUUUUGGCUCUGAGAGCGCUAGAAUCCGUGGGCCGUGGAGGUACACAGGGCGUUUAUAGCAAAGUCAACUACAACUUCAACACUAAUUCGACGACAUUCUCGCCUACGAAAGAUGACUUACUGGGGAAGUGGAACUGUGCGGAGAGCACCAAUGUCACAUUUACCCCCGAUGAUAUCUUGAACCGAACAAUAAUCGAAUCAGCCAUUGUCCGACAAGGCCUCCACUAUCCUCGAGUCUGGGUUAGCUCCGAAUCUGUACUUCCCAAUAGCACGGUCACCGAUGUUUUGUACUGGAGUGCUGACCAGGGAAACAACAACACUAGCCCAGUCUGGCAGAUGAAUGCAACAGUGGGCGUCAACCUCUUGCAAUCUCUUUCCGCCACCAACUUCCACUGCUCAUAUACGCCGAUCAGAACACAAUGGAAAGCGCCUAUCAUGCCAUUGCAGAAGACUUUGGUUGAUUGGAAAGAUCUGAUGCUAGGAUAUAUUAAGGGUUUUACCAUUCUGGACGCAAAACCCAAUCUCGAACUCAUACUCAAUUCCAUGACGAUGGUUGCAGCCAGUCAUAACACGAUCCAAUACGCAAAGGAUCUCAGUCUACCGAAUAAGUCUUACGGCUGCAAAGCAACGGGCCCUGAGAUUAAAUCUCCGGUCUUUGUUGUUCUGUUGAUUUUGGUGGUGCUCAUAAUUGGCCUCUUAGUCAUCGACUUAUACAACUUGGUUAUGAACUACUUUAGCAAGAGUCGAAACAUUAUUGACGAGAUGCCUUUUGAUAUUGUGGAGUGGCAGUUAACUGCUAUGCAUCUUCUUACUGGUGAGGGGAGGCUGAAGUAUAGAGGUGUUCAGGAGUAUGAGUAUCUUCAUGAUAAGGAUACGGCGAAAUACAUGGCCAGAAAGAUGAAACAGGUAUGUUCCUAGUACUUUCUAUUGGAGGUCUUUCUGGACAUACUAACCCAAGCCCACUUCCAUUAGACCGGGAUAUCUAGUUACGAAGCACUGAAUACCAGUGAAGUUUCUACCGAGAUGAAGAUCAAUCCAAAAUCAACGGGACCGGUGGUAUCUGUUGUGAGUGUUUAGGAACUAGAAAAACGUCUAAUGUUUUCCAGAAAGGUCGAGAUGGUUAG